UCAAUCUUAGUGGACGCCAUCUUAAACAAGCGGAUGACAGAAGAAGGUUGGUAGAUACGCGACACACGCUUACCUUCAUUAGAUUACCUGAAAAGGUUAUAGACACUUGUUGUGCAGACAUUUAACAACAGUUUAGCUUCCGACGCCCAGUAAUGGCAACGGGAGCUAACGCAACCCCGCUCGGAAAGCUGCACCCAAGUAUUGGCGCUAAACGAGGCUUCGACUCCGGGCCUGGCACGGGGUUAAUGGCUCCGCCCGUUCCUGCGGUCUCUUUCCCGCUGCAGAACUUCCAGCAACCGCAGUUAUCAAACCCAGUUUUCCCCCAGUUUACCGGAGCCGUGAGUUCUGCGCUCUCAAGCCCAAUUGGAGUAGGGAUGCAUUCACAGGCGGGGAGUGGAGAUUUCGGGCAGAAGAAGCGGAAAAGGAGCAGAUGGAGCAGCGAGACCCCCGAUCAGAAGACUGUUAUCCCGGGCAUGCCCACCGUGAUCCCUCCCGGUCUGACCCGCGACCAGGAGCGAGCUUAUAUAGUCCAACUGCAGAUUGAAGACCUGACACGUAAACUGCGUACAGGAGACCUGGGAAUCCCUGUUAACCCUGAGGACAGGUCUCCAUCUCCGGAGCCCAUCUACAACAGCGAGGGAAAGAGGCUUAACACACGUGAAUACCGUACACGCAAGAAAAUAGAGGAAGAGAGACAUUCUCUCAUUACUGAGAUGGUGGGACUCAACCCUGAAUUCAAACCCCCUGCUGACUACAAACCCCCAGCUACUCGGGUCAAUGAUAAAGUGAUGAUUCCUCAGGAUGAAUAUCCAGAGAUCAAUUUUGUUGGACUUCUGAUUGGGCCUCGUGGCAACACUUUGAAAAAUAUUGAGAAGGAGUGCUGUGCGAAGAUCAUGAUCCGUGGGAAAGGCUCAGUGAAGGAAGGUAAGGUGGGUCGUAAGGAUGGACAAAUGCUCCCAGGAGAGGAUGAACCUCUUCAUGCCCUGGUAACUGCUAACACCAUGGAGAAUGUCAAGAAGGCUGUAGAGCAGAUCCGCAACAUCCUCAAACAGGGAAUUGAGACUCCAGAGGACCAGAAUGACCUGAGAAAGAUGCAGCUGAGGGAGCUGGCACGACUCAACGGCACUCUAAGAGAGGAUGACAACAGGAUCUUGCGUCCGUGGCAGAGCACAGAGCCUCGCAGCAUCACAAACACAACUGUGUGCACAAAGUGUGGUGGAGCUGGUCACAUUUCUUCUGACUGCAAAUACACCAGUUCUUUUGCUCCUCGGACAGGCGAACCACCCCAGUCUGCCCAGGAUAAGGCCAGAAUGGAUAAAGAGUACCUGUCCCUCAUGGCUGAGCUUGGAGAGGCUCCAGUCCCUGCCUCUAGUGGGGGCCACAGCAACCCUCACCCUAGUGGACCCCGUCAAUCAGGACCCACCAACAACCAGCAACAACAAAAUCGCCCACCUUGGAUGAAUUCAGGCCCUGCUGAUAACAGGAAUUUCCAUGGCAUGCACGGGGGUCCUGGUGGCCCUCAUAACUUCCCUCCACCAAUGCCAAACAUGGGUGGCCCUCCCAUGCCUCCAAACCCCAAUGGAAUGCCUCCCCCCUGGAUGCAGCCUCCCCCUCCAAUGGGCCAAGGCCCAGCACCACCUGGACACCCCAUGGCUUUAAUGCCCCCACCAAUGGGUAUGAUGCCCCCACCUCCACCUCCUCCCAACAACCAGCCGCCACCUCCACCCUCAGGACCUCUGCCACCAUGGCAACAGCAGGCUCCUCCCCCACCACCCACCAGCAGCAUGGCAACCAGUGCUCCACUACCAUGGCAACAAAAUACAACCACAACAUCCUCCUCUGUUACUGGAAACCUGCCUCCCUGGCAGCAGCCUCAGCAGACGGCCACCUCCGGUGCUCAGCCCCCUCCACCCAUGGGCGGCUCUAUGGUGCCCCCUCCACCUGGGGUCCAGCCUCCACUUCCACCUGGAGCACCCCCUCCACCACCACCCCCUCCACCUGGCUCAGCAGGCAUGAUGUAUGCACCCCCUCCCCCACCACCACCCAUGGACCCUAACUUUGUGACCAUGAUGGGCAUUCCUGGAAUGCCACCUUACGGGAUGCCACCUGCACCUCCACCUCCUCCGCCCCAGAGUUAAAAGCUCUGUGUAGUUAUUAUGGCCAUUUGACCAUGUAGUGAUGCCUAAAAUAUAUGUACACAUAUACAACAGAACUAUACCUUGUUCUGUUCAUUUAACAGCUUGAUGUGUUCAGUUUUUUUUUUUUUUGACCUCUUCAGAUUUUUUUUGGUUUGGACAAAGACAUUGAGCAAUAGAGCUAGUGUGGUUGGAAUUUGUAAAUUUGCUUCAAUUGUUAAUGAUUUUUAACUAGUAUUUGAUGCGUUAGUAGAAUAUUUGUUCAUGCUGUUAAAAUGUUGAUGUGCAAAUUUUUUGGGGGUUUGUUUGUUUUCUGCCAGCCUACAUUUUCAUGUAUUCUCUGUCCCUCUCCAGUUUAAAACAACAACAACAAAUUACAUAUGCAAAUGAUUAAAUUAUCAACAUUCCAACAGAUGGAAAUGACCAUAUACACUCUUAAUCAACAUUGCAUUUGUUGCUGCAGAAGAUAAUCUUGUAUUUAAAUUUGAAUAAUCGAUUUGCUUCGUGUUGGAUGGUGAAUAACUUUUUUUUUUUUCUGCUCAUUGUACCACAGCCCUCCACAAUUGAUUUUACUUAAAAAAAAUAAAUUAAUGAGAAAAUUUAUUUACAGUUUUUUGCCUUCCAUCAAAUGUAUUUUUGUAAUGAAGCAUUGGACUAAAUAAAAGUUGGCUUGGCGUCAGAUUGAGC